GUUUUGACAACUGGGGGGAUUACGGUUUGCGUGCAGCCAAACACCUCUAAAUAAAACAAGUCCCUCCCUUUUGGUUUUGCGCUCAUAAAAUUGACCGAAAGUAAACGACCAGCGGGGUUCGCAAAUUUUGCAUUUUGCUGGCGCUGCAUUCUCUCUCUCUCUCUGAAGAAUGGCUUCUACUAGUAAGGUUGAUAAUCGAGGUUCAUUCGGAGCGAAACGGUCUCGUAGUGAUAAUUUACGUAAUGAUGGAGAUUGGACCUGUCUGCAAUGUGGGAACGUAAACUUUGGAUUUAGAACGGUUUGCAACCGGACAAAAUGUGGUGCUCCUCGACCAACAGUUUUGGCUACACCUCCUCCUAUUACCAGUCACUAUAACAACCCUCCUCCCUUUUAUUUUGGAGGUGUUGGGGUUCCUCCUAUACCGCCCUAUGGAGUUUCCAACAGGUAUGGGUCACCAUUACUACCUUCUGGAGUGCAUUAUGACUAUGGUGCACCACCAGGUGCUCACGGACCGUACGGCCCCAUACCCACAUUUCCACCUGGGGGUUUUAGAGGCAUGGGUUAUGCUUCACCACCUACUGUGAAUGGAUAUGGAUUUGGAUUUCAGGGGUCUCCUUGGUCUGAAGGAAUGAUGCCUGAUAAUCCUGCUUCCAGGAAACGCCGUGGGGGCCCAGAUGGUUUAUACGAAGGGGAUUGGGUAUGCCCAAAAUGCGAGAAUGUUAACUUUGCAUUUAGAACGGUUUGCAACAUGAAGAAAUGUGGAGCUGCCAGACCUUCUCCUGGUCCAAACCCGUCAAAUAGUGGUGCCCCUGAAGGCAGCUGGACUUGUGACAAAUGUGGCAACCUCAACUAUCCCUUUCGGACUGUUUGUAACAGAAAGGAAUGUGCAGCUGAGAAACCUGGCUCAAGCAAGUAAAUUAUUUAUACUGUAUUGUGCAUUGGUAGUGUAAUUCAUGUAUCCUGCAAUUUAUUGCAAAGGGAAUUUCAAAAGUAUGACAAAUAUCUCUCUAAAAAAAUAUUAGAGGGCCUAUUGUUCAUUUCCAACUAAAAAGCAAGUGUUAUCCAUAUUUUGUCUUAAUUUUUA